UUUUCGAUAAGAUAAAUCUUAUGUAUUGAGAAUAAUGGUAGACAUAUUAAGCGGAUUGUACUAACAAAAGUUUUUAAUAUUCCUUUUACAUUGGAUUGAAUUUAUCGAGACACCCUGUACGUAAGAUUUUGAUGAGCCUGGAUUUGCUGUGAUUGGUUGUAAUACGUAUUUCAAGGAUAGAGGUCAGUGUGUCUUCAAGGUUCUCGGAAAUAAAAAUAUUAACAAAAGAGAGUUCGCAAGCUAUAUGUAUUUUCGUCUUCAGUCUUCAAGCACUGACGAUAUUUUAUAAACCAAUAAAGUUACAUUGCGAGUCGUAGUAGUCAUCCAUUUGCGAUAUCACUGAUUUGUUAUUGUGAUACGUGUCACUUCUUAUAAUAAAAUACGUUGCAUUUUUACUACGACGAUAAAGCGUACGCUUUCGACCAUCAACUUUGGAAUUAUUUUCGACAAAAUGCUGCGAAUUACGUCGAUAUUCUUGCUUCUUGCCAUCUCGGAAAUCUUUGCACAAAAUUGCGAAGAUAAAGACGCACAAUGUCCCGCUACAUCAGAGUUUAAUCAAGAUAUCGACUGGCAGUCAGCUACCUCAAUUUAUGAUUUUCAUGCAAACGAUAUCUUGGGCAAGAAUGUCCCAUUGGAGAAAUAUCGUAACCAUGUUCUUAUUAUUGUUAACGUUGCUAGCAACUGUGGCUUAACAGACACCAACUAUAAACAACUCCAACAAUUAUAUAAUAAAUAUAGUGAAAAGGAAGGCUUGCGAAUUCUUGCUUUUCCGUGUAAUCAAUUUGCUGGCCAAGAACCAGGCAAUUCUGAAGAAAUACUUAACUUUGUGAAACAGUACAAUGUUACUUUUGACAUGUUCGAAAAAAUUGAUGUAAAUGGAGAGAAUGCCCAUCCAUUGUGGAAGUGGUUAAAAAUACAGAAAGGAGGAGAAGGACUCGUUACCAAUGAUAUUAAAUGGAAUUUUACUAAAUUUAUCGUAAACAAGGAAGGUAAAGUGAUGAAUAGAUUCUCUCCGUCUACUGAACCGUUGGACAUGGAAGAAACAUUGAAAAAGUAUUUUUAAGUUUACAACGCUUAAUUGCUUCCUUUAUGUAUUCUAUUUUUUCUGUCUAUAUAUUACCAGUAAUUCCUUUUUUUAAUAAUAGUAUAAAAAUAUAUAGUUAUAAAUGUAUAAUUAUAUAAUGCUAACAAGGUAUGAAAAAUGAUUUUUUCGCUUUAUUACAUUAUUUUUUUUUUAAAUAUAUUUUUACAAAUAAUGGUGUAUGGAAAAAUUAUAUUGUAUCUAAGGACGAUAUAAAUAACAAAAAUAAAA